UUCUGUGAAUUAUCCCAACAAACAAUCUUCCCGGGUAUAUAAGGCGUAAUUCCCCGCCUUCAGCACUCUUAGUGUAGAGCUAAAGGUACACUGGUUUCAAGUUUUACCAUGGCUCCUCUGCUGGUUAUUGUUGUUCUUCAAAUUGUAUUUCACGGCAUUAGCUCCCAGACAGUCUGUAGUGUCGAACAUGACGCGGCAUGUGUGGCGGCCGUGACGUCCCUCUACACCAACGCUUCAGCCUACUGGUUUGGGUCGGCGUAUGCGACGUCCUGCCCCGCUGAUUUGCAAGACACCCUGCUGUGUAUGAACGCUAAACGCUCCCGCACGUCCCUCCUUACUCGACUGAUGGGGGACGCCGCCACCGAAACCAGCGGUUUCUCAUUCGUCGUCAACGUCACGUACUCCACAUCGCCAGGUACAUACGAAGGCUGUGGAAGAAAGGUGACGAUACCAAUGACGACACAACGCACUUUCUCAAUCGACCCUCUCGACGACAACAUCUACGCCCCAUUCGAUCUGCGUGAGCAGCCGGAAGUGACAUGGGUGGCAGAUGAGAACGCCCUUUACACUGUUGUGCUGUAUGACGCCGGUAUUUUCUUCACGCAUGCGUUGUACGUCAACGUCGCUGGUGGACGACUGCAGGGAGGGGAGACAGCCAAGUCUUAUUUUUCUCCCCAGACAAUCAAGUCUUAUUUUGGCCCCGCGAGCCCCGUGGAUCGUGUAAACCCCUACGUAUGGAUCGUCUUCGAACAACCGACGUCUCUAAACGCCACUGACGUCACGGCGUUCUACAACAACCAGACAACAGCUAAUAAGGGAAGCAUGUACCUGGACAUGUUGGUGACCCGAUUCAACCUUUCAGGUUCAUACGGUUUCAACGUCGUCAAGGUAACCAAUGACGAAUAUGCCGCUGUGCUUGUCCGUGGAAUGAAGUUCCACAACAGAUGUCCCCACUACUACGGGCAAUGGCUGGGCGACUACAUAGGGCAGCGAGGAGGCUUGCCGUCACUUACCUCCCCUUUCGACCUUAGUAUAUCAGUUGACGUCACAUUCACCGCUUCCUCCAUAACGUAUGAAGCUUGCUGCACCGAAGAAAAAAAUGGCCCGGUAAACGUGACUUUGGAUUAUAGAAACUCUGGCACACUCAAAACUGUGGAGACUCGAAACACCCCGAAUAUCAAGCUAGUUCCCACGGAGAUACUUCAAGCACCUGCUAACACACUCAAAGACAAACAGUACACGCUGAUAAUGUAUGACCCUACCCCUGAACUCAACAAGACCAAACAGAACUCGUAUGUUCAUUGGAUGAUCGUCAACAUCCGGGGUACUAACAUCACUUCCGGUGACGAGGUGUAUGACUGGCUUCUGCCCAUGACGUCAACGUUGACCCAGCUCUACCUGUUUGCCUUGUUCGAGCAGACGACAUCUGUAAACGUUUCCUCGGCUAAAUCAUAUAGUCGAGACGGUUGUCACGAAUUUGUUUCGAACAGGUGCGAAUAUCGGGCCGGAGAUUUCAUUCGUGCAAACCAACUCUCCCUCGUCGGUCUGCGGUAUCUAAAGAUUGUUCCCGGUACUUAUCGGCAGUUUAUAUCGUAUUCUGAGGCCAAAUUGCAAAGCAUGGACGAUGCAUGCAAAGGCACACGCGGGUACGCUAACCCAUGUCCUACUUCCGGUUCAGAGAAAAUGACAUCGUCCGCCAUCUUUGUUUCACUCUUGACAGCCGCAGUUGCAUACAUGUCAAAACGGAAGUGAUCAACAUUGUCAUAGAUCUACAUGUGUAAGAAGAAAGAUGCGCAAGCUCAUUAUAUGAUCACACUUGAAACUGAACUGAAAACUGGAAACCUAUUGUUGUUGUUUUUGUCUCGAUUACCAGCCUUCUUUGAUUCGUCAACACCACACAGUUUAAAACCCAACUUCGUCCUUCAAUUUUGUGAAAUGUUUUGGGUUUUGUUUGUAAAUAAAAUAUUUUAUGUUUUUA